ACACUACAUCGUAAAACAUUGAAAAUGAAUAUAAUACGAUUGUUACCUCUUAAAGGCAACUUAACAUUGUGCCAAACUCGUUACUUAUCCUGUUGGUCAUGCGGUCAAGACAUAAAACAGCUAGUAGAAAAUUUGUUUUGCUCAAAUUGUAAAUCGCUUCAACAGCCUCCGAAAGAAAACUACUUCAAGAUCUUGGGAGUGUCUGAAACGUAUGAUCAAAAUGAAAAUGAACUGGCUAAGAAGUUCAAAGAACUGCAGAAAUACUUGCAUCCAGAUAAAUUUGGAAACAAACCAAAAGAGGAGCAAGAGAUAUCGGAAAACUACUCUUCAUUAGUAAAUGAAUCAUACAACACCCUCCUGAAUCCACUGACUAGAGGAAUCUACAUGUUACGGCUUAGCGGAAAGGAAAUACCAGAGGAGACCGAAGUAAAAGACCAAGCGUUCCUCAUGAUGAUUAUGGAGAAAAAUGAAGAAGUGGAGAACGCUGAGACAGAGGAGGAAAUAAUGAAACUCAACAAGGAAAAUAAAGAACUAAUGAAUCAAUUGCAAAAACAAGUUUCACAGGCGUUCAAUGAUGGAGAUCUAAAAUUGGUUCUUAAACUUUUAAGUCAAAUGAAAUAUUAUACUAGUAUAGACCAGCAAAUACGAAACCUGAUUAGAAGUAAAGGAAUUAUUAGAUAAAUUUAAAUUUAUCAUAAUUACAUCUUUA